CGGUUCCCCGGUGCGGUCCCGGCGCCUGCGCGCUGAGGGCUCCGGGCCUCCCGGCCUGAGGGAGAGGAGCAGGGAAGAUGGCGGCUGUGGUGGAAAAUGUAGUGAAGCUCCUUGGGGAGCAGUACUACAAAGAUGCCAUGGAGCAGUGCCACAAUUACAAUGCCCGCCUCUGUGCUGAGCGCAGCGUGCGCCUUCCUUUCUUGGACUCACAGACUGGAGUAGCCCAGAGCAACUGUUACAUCUGGAUGGAGAAGCGACACCGGGGUCCAGGAUUGGCCUCUGGGCAGCUGUACUCCUACCCGGCCCGGCGCUGGCGGAAAAAGCGGCGAGCCCACCCUCCCGAGGAUCCAAGACUUUCUUUCCCAUCUAUUAAACCAGACACAGACCAGACCCUGAAGAAGGAGGGGCUGAUCUCUCAAGAUGGCAGUAGUUUAGAGGCUCUAUUGCGCACCGACCCCCUGGAGAAGCGAGGUGCCCCGGAUCCCCGAGUGGAUGACGACAGCCUGGGCGAGUUUCCUGUAACCAACAGUCGAGCACGGAAGCGGAUCCUAGAACCAGAUGACUUCCUGGAUGACCUUGAUGACGAGGACUAUGAGGAAGACACUCCCAAGCGUCGGGGCAAGGGGAAAUCCAAGGGUAAAGGUGUGGGCAGUGCCCGGAAGAAGCUGGACGCUUCCAUCCUGGAGGAUCGGGACAAACCCUAUGCCUGUGACAUCUGUGGAAAACGUUACAAGAACCGGCCAGGCCUCAGCUACCACUACGCCCACUCCCACCUGGCUGAGGAGGAGGGUGAGGACAAGGAAGACUCGCAGCCGCCCACCCCGGUUUCCCAGAGGUCGGAGGAGCAGAAGUCCAAGAAGGGUCCCGAUGGAUUGGCCCUGCCCAACAACUACUGUGACUUUUGCCUGGGGGACUCCAAGAUCAACAAGAAGACAGGGCAGCCGGAGGAGCUGGUGUCCUGCUCUGACUGUGGCCGCUCAGGGCACCCGUCUUGCCUGCAGUUCACCCCAGUGAUGAUGGCCGCCGUGAAGACCUACCGCUGGCAGUGCAUCGAGUGCAAGUGCUGCAACAUCUGCGGCACCUCCGAGAACGACGACCAGCUCCUCUUCUGUGACGACUGUGAUCGUGGCUACCACAUGUACUGUCUCACACCAUCCAUGUCUGAGCCUCCUGAAGGAAGUUGGAGCUGCCACUUGUGUCUGGACCUGUUGAAGGAGAAAGCUUCCAUCUACCAGAACCAGAACUCCUCUUGAUGUGCCCCCCCGCCCCGUCCGGCUACCCCCCUCCCCUCCCCCUCAUGCAUCUAGGGCUGUUUCUCUCCUCCUCUCUUGUUUUUCACGCCCACCUCUCCCCUCCUCCUCUUUCACAAGUCCAGAGAACCUCGGGUGGUCGUGCCAAUCUGCCUUUGGCAGCAGCAAGCUGGGGUGGCAGCUCUGGCCACCCCUGGCCCUAGGCCCUCAGGGAGAACGGAGCAGCACACUGCCCCGAGGCGUGCCUGCGGCCCAGCUUCUCACUGCUCUCCGUGCCGUGCAUUCACUCUGCCUGCCUUGGGCCCCGGCCCUGGUGAUCACAGGGUUCAAACAGUGUCCUCUGAGAAAGAGUAGGAGAGCAGCUCCCCUUUCUCUCCGCUCUGCCUCCGCUCCAGUCCCUGGGGUGUUGCCAUCCCCUAGAGGGGAGCCAGGCCAGGGCCUCUUCACCAGGAGCGGCUGGGGGCGAGCGGCUGGGGCGAGCUGAGGCAGCGCUUCCGUGCGCGUCGUGCUGCUUAGCCUCGCUGCCCCCUUCCCCUGGACCGGCCCUCCGCGGCCCUGUCUUCCUGCUCCCCAGGGUCCUUUGCCUGAGCCGGGAUGCUCUUGGUCACCCUCCUUGUUCGGUCCUGUCCCCCUCACCCCACCCCACCCCAGGGGGAGUAGCAGCUUCACCUGAUUCUUCUUGUGCUCACCUGGCUCACUCCCAGGCGGUCUCUAGUGACCGAAGCAUUCCCCGCCCUUGGAAUUUCCUGUCUUCUGCCUCCCCUCCUUGUUCCCUUUGGUUUCGUGGGGAGAGGGGAAGAAUCAGGGGGCCAGGCCAGCAGCUUGGGGGCCACAGGGAGACGUUGGAUAAUGUGCCUGUUUUUUAACUCGAUGAAAAAGCCUACCUCCGAAAUCCCCCUUUUUGUUCUUUCUGGACCUGGACUUUCAGCUCCUGCCCUUAACUGAAUUGGGAGCCUCUGCCUCCUGCUCUGUGUAUCGUGGCUCCUGGGUCACAGGGAAGCCACACAGACCUCCCUUUCUUCCCUUGCACGCUCGCUAGCAGCUGGUAAGGUCUUCACGCCCUGAUUCCUCAGUUUUUUGCCUGGUGACACUGACAUGAGAUAGUGGGGGGGACAGUCCAUGCCAGGACACCCUGGAGUGGCCUUCCCCUUAGCUGUGGGCAGGCCCUAAUUCACGGUCGCUUUGGAGUUGAGGUGUCUUUUCUUUCUUUAGUUCCUGUAUUCUAAACAUUAGUACAAAUAAACGUUUUUACGCAGAA